AACGCUGCAAGUUAUCAGUUUCCGUCAUAUAGCGCAGUAGCAGGCCUUUCGGCCCAACUCCCUCAUGCUGACCGAUCUGAACUACUCCCAUUUACCUGCAGUUUACACAUAUCCCGACCAGCUUUUUCCAAUCCUGUGCAAUGACCCUUCCAUACCAGGACUGAAGAGAUUUGUUACUAGAAUGAUUUUCCUUGGUCAUGGACAUUUAGAAACAAGGGCCACAGCCCAAGGAAAUGGGGUCUGCGAUGAGGAGGAAUUUCAUCACCAGAUGCAGCAUAUGAAGCUGAAGCUGAACAGCGAGGCAUAUAAGAACUGGAAGGACCCUCCUGUUCCCGUCUACAUGCAGAUCUUCUUUUUCCAUAUUGAAAACCCAGAAGAAAUACUUAAAGGCAACCAGCCCAUGGUGAGGGAAGUCGGACCCUACACAUACAUGGAGCUCAGACACAGGUCUAACGUGUUACUAUUUGAAAAUGCCACAAUCUCUGCUGCUACUCAGAAAAGUUUUAUAUUCCAACCGGCUAUGUCUGUAGGUGACCCUAGAGUCGAUGUCAUUACAACAAUCAACAUUCCCUUUGUAGCUCUGCUGGAAUCACUAAAACACAUCGGUGCAUCCCAGAAAAUUUUCUUCUCCUUCUUGUUUGCCAUGAAGAGCAGUGCAAUCUUUCAAACUCACAGUGUGGAGGAGCUGCUGUGGGGUUACGAGGAUCCUCUGCUGAGUCUUGGACACAAACUACUGCCAUCCUAUUUUCCCGACAGCCGAUUUGGUCUUUUCUAUGGUAUGAAUGGAACAGAUGAUGGAGAGUAUUUGUUUAGCACUGGCAAAAAAGAUUACAUGGAUUUCAGCAAAAUAUUAAUGUGGAAAGGACAAAAAUCACUUAACUGGUGGGCAUCGAAUACCUCGAACAUGAUUAAUGGAACAGAUGGAGCCACCUUCCACCCGUUAAUAAAAAAAGAUGAAGCCCUCUACAUUUUUGCUCCUGAUAUUUGCAGGUCUCUGUACUUGACAUUUGAAAAAGAAGUUAAGGUAAAAGGAAUCAGUGCAUAUCGAUUCAUCGUUCCCAAAGAGAUUUUUUCAAUUGACAGUCUCAGUAUCGAAGGAUUUUGUCCAGCAAUGAACUGCCAUCUGUCCGGAGUCCUGAACAUCAGCGUCUGUAAGCAAGGAGUUCCUAUCUUCAUAUCAUCUCCUCAUUUUUACAAUGGGGAUGAGAAAUUAGUGAGUGACAUACUCGGAAUGAAACCUGAUAUGGAAGCUCAUCAAACGUUUCUCGACUUAGAACCAAUGACUGGUAUCCCUAUCAGAGCAGCCAAGAGAAUGCAGCUCAACAUCCACAUCCAGGCCGUGGACUAUGUCUUCCAAACUGGUCGAAUAAGGACAAUGCUCUUACCGGUUAUCUUUUUAAAUGAGAAUGCUGUGAUUGAUGACAAAUCAGCUGUUAAAUUGAAAUGGGCGCUUCAUAUUAUAAAGGUUGUGUUCUACAUUCCUUACAUUAUCCUAUGGGUUGGAAUCCUGCUAUUUUUGAUUUCUCUUACUCUCAUCUUUGUCAUGUGCAGAUGCAAAAAGAAUAAGGAAUAUGCACCUGUAGCUUUAAAACUGCCAAAUAUUGAAAUGCACUGAUGGAUGUCAG